CACCGGGCUCUCAUGUGAUGGCUCUUGCCGGUGACGCGCCAGCCAUAUGGGCGCUGGCAUCGCAGCCUUAGCUGGUAUGUAACCUCGUCCCCGGUAGCUCACGGUUGCCACACGCGCGCUCCCUCUCUCUCUCUCUCUCUCUCUCUCUCACACACACACACACACACACACACGCAACCGCACACACUCACGGAAACACAACUACAGCUACACACACACGCGCGCUCGCUUACUCCCUCACACAUAUACACACACAGACACGCCGAGACGCGCGUCCGUUCACCGGGAGAGCAGCGCCACCGAACAACCCACCGGCACCAGCGGAAGAGGGACGCCGACUUCACCCCCUACGUUGACAACGAGGAGCGUCGCUUCGCUCGCUCGAUCCCCGAAGAUGGUCUGAAACUCGAGCGGCUCUUUUUUCCCCUCCCAUCCCCUGCGAAGAGCUCCAGCCGAGACGCUCGCAUCAAAUAGCCGUCUCCCCGUCCCGGUUCCGCUCCUGCAGGAUGACUUACAGGGUCCAGUCCCGGGGACCGUAGUUCAGCGCCUCACCGCAGCGCACGGGCUGUAAAUAGAUCAUAUCGGACACUAAUUUGAUUUAGAGAUUCCCGCGCGUGGACCUUUAAUCGGAGAAACAAAAGACAAUGAGUAUGCACGAGGAGAAUUCCCGUGGAAGACCAUUAUGUCGCCCCCGCUUCCUCGACGAAGGACGUCCUCAGGCUUAAUGGGAGAUUUAUUGAUGAUUUUGUCGAUGAUUUGCACGUUCAGUCUCGGAGCAAACGACAGGAGCCAAAAUGUUGACGAGGUUUUUCAGUGACCCUUCGCUGCUCCCCGACGUGCAGAAAUACUCCGGCUGGGCGGAGGACAGCGACGGCGACGAUUCAAAGAUUAAAGAUGACGACCAGGACACCCAGGACGACCUGGACGCCUCCGAACUGAGAGGAGGCAGCCGGACCCAUUCCGAACACGCCGGUGAAGAUGAUGAGGACGAUGAGGUCGAGGAAGAGGACGAAGGAGAGGACACAGAGGGGGACAGACCCAAGAAAAGGGGCCCCAAGAAGCGCAAAAUGACCCAGGCCCGCAUCGAGCGCUCCAAACUAAGGCGGAUAAAAGCCAACGCAAGAGAGAGAACCCGCAUGCACGACCUGAAUUCUGCACUGGACAAUCUGCGUAAAGUGGUCCCCUGCUAUUCCAAAACGCAAAAGUUGUCCAAAAUAGAGACGCUGCGAUUGGCCAAGAACUAUAUCUGGGCGCUGUCGGAGAUAUUGCGCUCCGGGAAAAGGCCCGACCUCGUGUCCUAUGUCCAGACUCUGUGCAAAGGACUGUCCCAGCCCACGACCAACCUGGUGGCGGGCUGCCUGCAGCUCAACUCCCGUAACUUCCUAACCGAGCAGCAGUGUCCGGACGGCGGCAGAUACGGCUCCGGCUCGUUCUCCAUGCAUUCCUACCCCUACCAGUGCGCACGUCUAUCCAGCCCCCACUGUCCGCCGGGCUCGAACUCGCACCCCUUGAGGACGCACGGCUACUGCUCAGCUUACGACUCUCUGUACGGUGGGAGCGGGUCCCCGGAGUAUAACAGCCCCGAGUAUGAGGGGCCCCUCAGCCCGCCGCUCUGCGUCAACGGCAACUUUUCUCUGAAGCACCAAGGUUCUGCGUCCCCCGACAACGAGAAGGGGUACCACUACUCUAUGCAUUACUCCGGCCUGCCUGGCUCCAGGCCCAGCGGGGCCCACAACCUGGUGUUUGGCUCUUCAGGGGCCCGGAGCGGCAUUCACUCUGAAAACGUCCUGCCUUACCACGACAUGCACUUACACCACGAACGGGCCCCUGUGUACGAUGAACUCAACGCGUUUUUACACAAUUAAAACGAAAAACCUAUUGUGAGGUUUGUUGCAAUCAACAAUCUGUCCACGGCGGCACAGUUCGCGGACGAGCCUGCCCGCUAGGGUUUAGCAAUGUGAAAGGCGUGCCCUUCCCUGACUCUGGUGUUUCUCCUUCAAGUUUCAGUGUUGAACCUUCGGGUUGCUUUAGUCAGGGAUGUAGUGGAGAGCUCUGUACGCAGGGCGCAAAACACACCGCUUGAGGCUGAUAUCAAUCUUUAAGAGGAGAUUUUAUGAACAAAUCAUAUCAAACCCCAGCGAUAAACGAAUUUCACAGUAUAGAUGUUUUUAUGUGAUUUGUAUUUGUAUUGGUGGUUGUUUGCAUUUUGAUGACCGGAAAGUUUCCCCACUUCUGUAUGUACCACUACAUCACUGGCUACAGCGACACCCAGACGCCCACUCAUUUUCCAAUAUUGUGAAAUUAGACGUAAAUCAGCGAUCACAGUUAACUCUCCCGUACCUGACAGAAAUGUCCUAGUUGGGUUGUUUCCUAACGAAACAGCCGAAAAGGUUCUCCAGCAAAUCACUCGUUUCGCAUCUAUGCAAAACCCAAACGAGACCACAGAGCGAGGCAGCAAGGCCCAGAAACACACAUCAGCACUGUCGCUGCACACGCGCGCGCGCACACACACACACACACACACACACACACACACACACACACACACACACACACACACACACACACACACACACACACACACUGACUCUGACCGUAGGUGGGCGUGUAAAAAUUAACCAGCCUACAAAAAAUGUCAAACUACAAUGAAAUCAGACUUUUUUUAUUUAGGUUUUUACUGUAAUUUGUUCACACGACUCAUGUCCUUCAACUGAGCAAUAUCACUGUACUUUAAUUUCAAAUUAAAGCUUGGUUAAAACAUUUUAUUUUCAGUUGCAAUCUGCUAUGCUGAGUACAUUUGUUUAUUAUUAUUAUUAUUAUUAUUAUUAUUAUUAUUAUUAUUAUUAUUAUUAUUAUUAUUAUUAUUAUUAUUAUUAUUAUUAUUAUUAUUACACUAUUGUGUUGUUUUGUAUUUAAUGUUAAUAGUCUAUAAAAAAAUGAAAGAUCCCAUGUGUUGCUGAAUUUUGGUUUUUGAAUUUUUUUGCUUUUUCAUAAAAUUCAAGUCUUUCAACUUUGUAUUCAACAAACUGUGUGGUAAAAUAAAAUGACAAUAAAUGAGACUGUGCAACCUGA